AUGUCCCUGAAAUCUGAAGCUGAAAUUUACUUUAAAAACUUAAAUUCUAUAUCUGCAAGACUGUGUCAAGACUUGGAAGAUGUGAAGACGUCUUAUGAAGACUUGUGGGAAACGAUUCCCGAAAAGGAACAACAAGCUAUCCUAACAGAGAGUGUAAUUAAACCAGAAGUAAUAAUAAAGUACAAUUCAUUUGUAGAGAAAUCCAAAGAUGAUAAUUUCGCUGCUAAGUUAGUUUUCGACGAAAACUGUUCGUAUCGAGACGAACAUUCGGGUCCUUUCAGUUUUAAAACUCAAAGCCAAAGAGAUCUUAGCAUUUUGUGUUCUAAGAAACCGGAAAAAUCGACUGAGAAUAGAAUUAAAAUGCCAGUAGUCAAACCUAAAGUGCCACCUCCACCAAAGCCUGUGUUACUAUACAAAGCACCUGAAGAGGAACGUAUUUUAGAUAUUUUGGAUACAGAUAGUACUAAUUCCCUUUUACCAAAAACUGGCUUAGAUUUUUUGGACAAUUGGUGA